GGAAAAGCAAAAGAAGCAGAAAAGCAUAUUGGGCUGAUUCUCUCCACUGUUGUUGAUCUUUUCUUUUUCUUUCUUAUUUUUUGGUUUAGUAUAUGUGAUUCUUUCUUCACACCGUUGAGUGCUGAGUGAUGGUAAGGACAACACAUUCCCAUCCUCAUCCUUCAUGACAAAGUAACCUUCACCUUUGUCAACAAACUGAUCAUCUCCACAUUUCUUUUCUCAUCCAAAAAAAAAAAAAAGAAAAAAGAAAACUCUUUUCUUCUCCAAAUCUCCCCCUUUUAUUUUCGACACCCCCUCUCUUUCGAUCUCUAACGGUUAAGUCCAAUUCUCUGUGCACUGUGCUUUAAACACAGCUAGCCAUUGUGCAGAACAAGUCGAAAGUCUUGCUGGGCUGCUUUCCUCGAACUCAGACAACUCCUGAUGAACAGUAUAAUGGCCAUGGGAGCUUCCAAGUGCCUCUUCUUAUUUCUUCUGUCUGUUCUCACUCUCUGCUCUUCUGGAACUCUGGUGGGUUUCUCUUAUGAUGCCAGGAGGAACUCUGCAGCUUCACCGCUUAAAGCAGUAUCAUUUCUGAAACAAAACAAGGUCUCACCAUCUCAGAUCAGGGUUUUUGUUGCAGACCACAGCGUUCUAAACAGUCUGUCUGAGACGGGCGUAUCGGUCGAUCUGUUCUUAAAUGAAACCCAAGUUGGCAAUCUGGAAAAAUUCAAUACUUCUGCAGUUUCAUGGCUCAAAACCCAACUCACAACCCUUCUUCCACAUGUAAACAUCAAAACCAUCAUAGCAGGCGGCGGCAGGAGUGGUGUUUUAGAUGAAAACAGCCUUUCCAUGCUUCCAUCCACCUUGAAAUCAAUCCACUCACUUCUCAGUAGUUUUCAUCUUGAUGGCAAAGUUAAAGUCUCAGCUGCAUUCCCACUUUCGUUCUUAGAGAGAUCGGACAUAAAACACCACAGAAAUAUGCAAAAGGUAUUUCGCUUUCUCAAGAAAACUAGGUCUUAUGUCAUUGUAGAAGCCAGUAUCAGUGGGGAAUUAAGUAUGGGAGAUCAAUUCAUCCGGUCAGUUAUCGAAAGAGCCACGCUAGCCUCUUCUGUUCUUUCUUCCAAUGAUGUUGUUCCAAUGGUUUUGACAAUUAAGAACUCUGCUCUUCCCAGUGCCAUAGAAGUUGCUGGGUACUCUGAUAAGGUCUUCAGAUCCCUCAAGAACAACAGCCAAAUUUUACACAAGGUAAAUGGGUUAUAUGCAGAAGUGUCUCCUGUGGAAGAAUUUGAGCAGAAAGAACUCAAAAGAGAAGAGGAACAGAUGUUCCACUUUUCCCACAGAGAACUCAUUACCCAAUUUAAUUACAAAACAACCUUGCACAGUGUAAUUGAUCCACCAACAACAACCUUCCCCACAAAUCCUUCAACGGCAGCAGUCACUAUCCCUCCUAUUGUCACCGUUCCCUCUUCCAACCCAAACACCAUGACACCAGCCAAUCCUGCUUCUGCCAUUCCGUCCGGAAAUCCGGUGAAUUCACCGAUUCCAGUCACAGUUCCGGGAGCACAACCCAUUACUAACCCAGUAACAACUUAUCCGGCACCGCCGGGACCCGUAACACCACCGGCGAUGCAGCCUCCUCCGGCGACCAUGAGCUCUCCUGCAGUUCCAGGACAAACUUGGUGUGUGGCCAAGAGUGGAGUCCAGCAGGGUGCACUCCAAGCAGCGCUUGAUUAUGCUUGUGGAUUUGGUGGAGCAGACUGUUCCCAAAUCCAGCAGGGUGGGAGCUGUUACAAUCCAAAUACUCUUCAAAACCAUGCUUCAUAUGCAUUUAACAGUUACUAUCAGAAGACACCAGUUGUGUCCAGCUGUGACUUUGGUGGAGUAGCCGCAACAGUUAAUGCCAAUCCAAGCACUGGCUCUUGCAUUUACACAACAUCAUCAUCAACAACAUCACCACCAGCAACACCAUCAUCAUCAACAUCACCACCAGCAACACCAUCAUCAUCAUCACCAUCACCACCAUCAUUAUCAUUGUCACCACCUCUGGUGCCACCAUCGUCAUCGUUGCCAACAACACCACCGCCAUCACUGGGAACUCCAGCAUCAGGCUCUGUUUCUCCUCCUACAGUGCUGAACACAAGCAACCCUGCUUCCGGCACAGGUUUUGGGCUUGACAGCCCUCCUCCUGCUAGCAACUUUUCAUCCAUGGCAGCCGGUAAGAGACCCUUCGUCAGCUGCAUCACUCUGGUAGCAUCCUUCAUCAUAGGAAAAUUUAUUUUGGACCUCUAGAGAUAUGAGUACUAAAGGGUGCAGAAGCAAGCAUACUGGUAUUGAGUAACAGAGCAGAGCUGCAGCUGUAGAAGUUGUGUACAUAGGCCUAUGUUGGCGCCAGAAGAAAACCAGUGGUGAGGACCCCAGUUCAAUUUUCAAUAACAAGAAUGAUCCUGCUUUUAAAUCUUCGGUAGUUUGUAAAUUUUGAUUGAUGAAGGUACAAUUCUACAUGAAAGAUACUUGCAUGUUCUGUUGGCUAGUCAUAGCCUCGUAGGGAACAUAGAAACAGCUCAAAACAAGCCCUUGACCAGACACAGUUCAAUUUUCACAGUACUAUUUAGGAGCCUAGUCAGAGUACUUGUUAAUUUAUUAUGAAGUACAAAAAUGUAAGUUUUUUUUAUAUUACUUCAUAUAUAUAUUUAUCUUAUGUUUGGAAA